AUGGUUGCGCAAACAUAUCAGUUGCCAGACUUGCUUUCCUUCUUUGCGCAGAAGCCUGGGGGACCCAUCAGUCCUCAUUUCAAGGGAGCGUACCAAGGUUAUAGCGAGUGGGUGGGAAACACACUAGGAUACUAUUUCUCGAUCGAAGUCUACAAUGCAGAGAUGCCUCUCCUCGCCGCUCUGGCCUAUCCGCUUGCAACGGAACAUGAAUUACGAGCCAUUCUCGAUUACAUGACUGCUUCUUUCAUGCUGGAAGAAAUGACUGACCGCUAUUCAAGUUCAAAGGCUCUGAAAAACUCAGAGAUAUGGAUGCAGACCCUGAAGGGUGGCCAGCCGGAGACGAGCACUCGUCACCCGUUUAUUAAGCUUAUGAGCAAAGAGAUGAUGACCCGACUCAAGUCUGCAGUUGAUCCAUUUCACUGGCCGCAAUUCAUUUCCACGAAUGUUGAUUUCGCUAGGAAUACCGUUCGCGAAGCUUUGGACCGUGAGGCGUCCAAAGGUUUGCAUGCAACGCGCGAUCUUCACUCUUAUAUGAUCACUCGGCGCGAAACGAUUGGUACUCGGCCGUGCCUCGUCUUGAUGCGGUCAACCCGUCGCUUGUAUAUCCCCGACAGCGUACUCGAAAACAAUGCUGUCAUGGGCAUGGAGAAUGCCGCUUUAGAUAUGGUUUACAUUGCUAAUGAUAUUUACUCUUUUAAGAAAGAACAGGGUGAUAAUGGUGCUCUCAACAAUAUCAUAACGGUCAUAUUGAAAGACCCAGACACUUCACACCUUGAUUUACAGGGGGCCAUUAAUUACGCAGGGGACCUUUUCAAGGCAGCCCUGGACGAUUUUCACGCAUGCAGAGGCAGGAUCCCCUCUUUUGGUACCGAAAUGGACAAAUUCUUGUCUGCGUACGGGGAUGGUUUGAUAGACUGGGCGAUUGGAAACAUCGAGUGGAGCGUUGUCAACAACCGCUACAAGGUCUUUUGCAACGAUUCUGACAGGAGGAGUAAUGUGAUCAGGCUAGGCAACCGGCACAAUCUCCAUGUCCGCCCUGUAAUAUGUUUUAUCUUGCUGAUCGUAUUCAUUUUUGUUUACUCCCACAAUCCUACUCUGCGACUGACGCAUAUGCCGCGCUGUUUAUCCCCUUCUUUCUCUUCAAGCUUUGGUCUGUAGCUACCGUAUGUAUUUCUCGCAGGCUAGGACGCUCCAAAUGUACCACCCACCAGAUGAUUGACAGACGCUCUUGAGUGAUACUUUGUUCCAAACACUCCACUCCUUAAGUAGACCUUCACAUUCAACGAGCCAGAUCUCCACGAGAUCAACGCCUGACAUACACACAUCACCGCAUCGCAGUGAAACUGUGUGGCGGUCCUUAUCCUCAAUGACAACAUCCGUCUCUCUCAAUGACUGUGCGGCCCGAUGACAUUCACCCGCUUUCGCGUCUUCAUCACCGGUGUAGGCGAAGGAGAGGUGUGGGAACAUAGGAACAGACCGGGGGAACAGGUGUGAAAGAGUUUCCUUGAUUUCGUCACGUAGAGCUAGGAGAUCCACCGUCGGAAGUAAAGAAA